UGGCCAACUGGUUCAUCAGAUGCUCUGUAGACAGUUGCAUACAACCAAUCCUUCGGAAAUGUGGUUUGUUUUUGGUGGUCAGCCGUUGCGAUUUUCGCUAAAGGAAUUUCAUGAUGCCACUGGGUUGUCUUGUUGUGAUUUCCCUCCGCAGUCAGAACUCGAGGCUGCAACAACUCAUGCUGAUGGUUCUUCACCUUACUGGUAUCAAUUAAUUGGAGGUACUCCUGGUGCUGUCACAGUUAAGGAACUUCUUGCCCGCCUUAAACGGGAGCCUACUAUGCCCAGUUGGCGUAAAUUCAGGCUUUGUCUGGUUGUUAUUGUAGAAGGUAUUAUACUUUGUCGCUCUCAACCAGUUAAAGCAUCUGUUGAAGUUGUUGAAAUGGUGAAAGACAUUGCAUUCUUUCUUAAAUAUCCUUGGGGAAGACACUCCUUUCACCGAAUUCUGCGCACUGCCAAAGUUGGUUCAUAUAUACUCGACACUGCCUCCCUUGUGGCCAAGCUUAGACAAUCCUCUGUUGCAAUACAUGGUUUUCCUCUUGCAAUUCAGCUGUUUGCUUUCAAGUAUGUCCCGUUGCUUCUUAAGUACUUGCCUCAUGCUGAAGAAGAGUUUAAUUUCCUUGACCAAGUCAUUCCUCGUCUUCCUAAGUGCAAGUCAUACCAUUCUUCAAACAUUCUGCAUGUAGAAUAUUCACGACAUCUGCUUGUUUUGCCUCCACCGCCAGCUGAUGCUACCUUUCUCGCGUCUCCGCAUUGUGACCCAAAGGUUAAACAGUUAGAGGGCCUUAUUGCAUCAUCUUUUAACUUUGAUAAAUCUAUUUGGCCUGGUGGUGAUAGCUCUCUGCCAUCCCUAAGAUGUUCCCGAAAACGUAAAUGCAACCAUUGCCAGUCUGAUAGCUCAAGUUCUGCUGAAGAGACAGAUGUCAAAAAGGUUAAGCGGGGUCUGCGGUCUCGUUCUAAGUUGAAGGUUAAACGCUCUCAGACACUGCAUCCAAAAAAUUAAAAAACUUUGAAAGUAUCUCUUCUUGCUGAAGUUCGCGACCUUAUUGACAACACUCUCCCUGAUAAUACAGUUGCCUCAGCGACUGUUAAUGUUACUUCUCCUGUUAAUCGUGCAUGUUCUUUGCCUCGGCGUGUCACACGAUCUCGUUCUAGUGCCAUGUCUGUCGAAUCAGUUGCCAACUGUUCUACAGCACCGAAAAAAGGCUCUGAUCCUUCUGCUAACCUCUCAGCUUCAGGUCAUACUGUAACUGACUCAGCCCAUGCCGUGGUCUCUUCUCCCAUCAUAACUCGCUCUUUAUCAACUGUUUCCUCUCAAGGUU